AUGGAUGUUAGAGGGAAGAUGAAUGUCUUUUCCAUUCUCCUGGUAACCUGUCUACUAGGAUUCUGCCAUUGCAAUGCCCAAAAAACUUCAGACGGCAGAUUUAUUAUUGAGGUUCUAGACGAUUAUGCAGAGGAUGGAGUUGUGACUAGUAAUCUUGUAGAUGAGGUAGACGCGUACAAAUCUACCGCAUGGACUGGAAAGAAACAGGUGUGGGAUCUGUCCAACGGAACUGCCCACGAAGUAGAGCAUAGACCGUCCUCAACUCGUAGACGUAAUGGUAGAAAGGUAGAAGAUGUGGCAGCGGAAGAAUCAGCUGAACAGGAUGGAGUUACUCUAGAUCUUACCAGUCCAGAUGAGGACGAGUAUGACUCCUUUGCUGGUAAUGAAGGAAAACGCGUUGCUCCCAAGAAGAAGGCUUCUGUCAUAAGGUCAAAUACUAAAAAGCUUGUAAGCAAAUUCCUAGACAAGAUAGAUGGAUCCUUAUUUGAUCUUGAAGGAGGCGAAGAAGGUGGUGUUGUAACUCUUCAACUCACAGCCAAGAAUGGAGUUACUACUAACAAACUUGUAUACGAUGAUCAAGUAGUCUGGGAAGACCCUCAAACUCCUUGUCUUUCGGCCGUCCUAUAUAUGGACAAAGAAAAGCCUACUCUCGCAGUCGUUGAUUUCCAGUGUAACGGUAAUGUUACAAAGGUCCACAAGUACUAUGAUGGAAACCAAUGGCAAAAUGGCAGUGAGGACGGACAUGCAAAUAGGCUUGGGAUUCUAAAGGAUAACUAUAGACCUACUAUGCCUGCUACUCUUGACCUAGCCAAACCUGAUAAAGGGAUCGAUGUAAAUGUAUGUAGUCAAUCUGGAAUGUCAUUUAAAGAGUAUACUCCAAAAGAUUGGCUCCACAUAUCCUCUGUUAUGGAUGGUGGAUUCACCCUCUGGGAAGCUGAAGGAGAUGAAAGGUGCCUAUUAGCUGAAUCCUAUGCUAAGAAUAAUGUAGAACUUCUUUCUCUAAAAGCCUCCGAUAAUAGUGGCACAAAGUCUAAAUACUUUGAAAAGGCUGAUGGAGUAUGGAGUGAGGUCGAUAAAGAUGAGUUUGUUGCAAAGAUAAAGACGAUGAUAGAAGGAUCCGGAAAGCUUCCAUAG